GACAAAAGCUCAGCCAACAUGAAAGCCCUUUUCGGCCUAUCGGUAGCUUUGACUGCCAUGAUGGCGUCGACAAACGCUGCAUCCGACGCGUCAUCCGCUCUAGCGAUGGCCCAGGCAUCCUACCCGAAAUGCACAAAUGUCUCCUCGACAAUGUGUGGUGCCCCGGUACGGGAUCAAACAUUGAAACCGCUUCUUGUGGGAGUCAUUGGUGGCGCCAUUGCGUUGAUGAUAUUCAUGCUACGACUAUGCUCUGCUCUACCAGUCGCGGGGCGUCUUAUGGGCUGGGACGAUUAUGCCAUCUGUGUCGCAGUAGCUCUUGGCGUACCUCCGACCAACGGUCUGGGGAAAGACAUGUGGACACUUCCGCUAUCGAACAUCGAGAAUGUUCUUUUCUAUUACUAUCUUGGAGAGAUCUUCUACUUCGCCUCACUUACAGCGACCAAGAUCUCGCUUCUUGCUUUCUUUCUCCGCGUCUUCCCACAGAAAGCUUUUCGCCAAGUCAUCUACGUCGUCAUCGGGAUCUGUGUAGCCUAUGGUGUCUCGUUUGUUCUGGCCACUACUUUCCAAUGUUACCCGGUUCCAUACUCAUGGAAGCAACUCGACGACAGUUAUGAGGGUUCUUGUAACAAUAUUCACAUACAGGGAUGGAUGAGUGCGAUCUUCAACAUUGUCAUCGACAUCAUCAUUCUUGUGCUUCCAUUGAAGGAGCUCUACGCACUACAGACAAGCUUGAAANAGAAGUUGAUGGUCAUGGUGAUGUUCUCACUGGCUUGGUGGAGCACCGUCGAAAUUCACGUAGGGAUCAUCUGUGCAUGCCUACCAUCAGUGCGAGCCCUCUUUGUUUCCCUAGGCGCAUCUUCUCUCGGUACCACCAGAGCCAAUUCCAGAGCAACUGGUCAUCAGGCUUCAAGUCACUCGGGGCUCACUGGGAGCUCACUUGGAGGCAGCAAAAUUGGCGCGCUGGUGAAGGAAAGGCCAGUUUCUGUGCCAAAACACGGAGAUGAGGAGGACUUUAUCCCAUUGGUUGAUAUGGCCAACAGCAAGGGUUAG